AAUGGAUGAGCGGAGGUCACGUGGGUAACAAAAGAGCCCUCAUCGUCCUCCAUCAUCCUACAGCAGAUCGGGAUCUAGAGGGUGUGGGAAGGCUUGUAACAAGAGUUACAGCUGAAUGUGAUCUUCAACAGUGACUCUAGCUAUGUGCAAAUGGCUGGGGACAUCGAACCUCAAGGCGCCAACACAUCUGGCCUGACCUGACAGAAUGCAGUUGAAUCCUUCCGCCCUAGUUUCACUAAGGACAGACGGCGAAAUGAGGGGUUUUGGGGGGCUUCUUGCAACCAUAUGUUCGCCCUGCUAACGAGGCGAACAGGAUAUCUUCUUCUUCCUAAGAGAUAGUUACACCUCCAAGUCUUGAGGAAGGGUUUACCGUGCAUUAUUUUCGCAUCCAAAUUGCCGUUGUAUGCGACCCGUUCAGCCUAGCCAUGGAUCCUAUCGGCGCAGUGAGCCUCGCAGCCACCGUGGUGCAGCUGCUUGACUUUGGAAUCAGGUUGGUUUCCAAAGCACACGACAUAUACACCUCUGCUGAAGGAGCUGAGGUGCACAAUAUCGAAUUGGAUGCUAUCGCCCAGAACUUAAUGUCCUUAAAUAGGCGGCUACAAAACCGAUCUCGCAAAGUCUGCGCCUAUGCCGUUUCCGAGGACGAGAAAGCUUUGGAGAGUUUGACCGUGCACUGUAACCAGAUCGGCGAGGAGUUGAUCGAGGCCCUACAAGCUGCAAAAGUGGAGGGCACUCAUAAACAUUGGAAAAGUGUUAGACAGGCAUUGAAAAGCACUCUAGGUCGAGAUAAUAUUCAGGAACUAUAUAAUCGACUCAAACAAUACCGUGAACAGAUCGUCGUGGUUCUGCUUGUGAUCACCAACGCCAAACAGACCACUCUCGACGAAAAUGUGGACGCAGUCAGGCACGACAUUAUCGAGUCUGAGUCGAGAAUUCUUGACGAAGCUCGGCAGACUCGUUUCCAGAUCCUGAAUGCCAUCCGACACGCGAAAUACAACCCCACCAGAGAAGAAGAUAUCUCGAAAGUCUCGCAAUUACUAUCCGAAAUGGUCUCCCGUGGUUCGGAGAAGAAGAUUAAGGAAGAAAUCCUCGAAAGCCUGCAUUACCCAAACAUGCAAGACAGACGCGAAUGGAUUUCCGCUGCACAUAAAAAGACAUUCAAUUGGACCCUGGAGGAUAAAGCAGGCGAGCACAUUCGCAGGGAUAAUCUGAAGCAUUGGCUUUGCAAUGGUGACGGUAUAUACUGGUUGAGUGGAAAAGCCGGGUCCGGGAAGUCUACCUUGAUGAAAUACAUUGACCAGGACCGGCGGACUUUGCAGUAUUUAGAGCAGUGGGCAUCACCCCUCAAAAUUGUGUUUGCGAGCUUUUACUUCUGGAACCCGGGGACCUCAAUGCAAAAGUCACAGCUGGGUUUGCUACAGAGCUUACUCCACAAAAUUCUGUCGCAGAGGCCUAAUCUCAUCCCGAAAGUCCUCCCAGAUCAAGCACAGCUCUACAGGACCUACGGAACGACGAACUUCUCCUGGACGAUUUCGCAGCUUAUGAAUGCAUUCAAGUUACUUCUAGACACCAAGUUUGAUACUAAGUUUUGUUUCCUCAUCGACGGACUUGAUGAAUAUGAUGGCGACCACCAGGGCCUAGUCGAUAUGCUUGUAGAUAUGAGUCAAGGUGACAACAUUAAAAUACUCGCCGCAAGCCGUCCGUGGCUGCUUUUUCAGGAUGCGUUCCAUGAUUGUCCAAAACUUACCCUGCAGGAUUUAACGCACGACGAUAUCAAGGCGUUUGCCCACGAUUCUCUAUACAACCACCCGAGGUUUUCACGGGCGCUAUCUAUGGAACCAGAACGCGCACCCAAGCUGGUGACUGAGAUUGUUAACAAGGCCUCUGGCGUUUUUCUGUGGGUCUACCUCGUGGUCAAGUCGCUAAUGGAUGGGCUCACCAACGCAGACCGAAUGCAUGAUCUCCAGAGAAGACUUGAUCAGAUCCCGGCUGACCUCGAGCAAUUCUUCUUCCAUAUUCUGACAGGCUUAGACACGUUCUACCUCGAGCAGGCUUCGCAAUUAUUUCGCCUAGCACUCGAGGCCCCGAAACCUCUGGCAGUUUUGACGUUCUCUUACCUCGAUGAGACUGACCCCGACUUUGCACUGAAAAGAGAGAUAAAACCUAUGUCAAGAGAGGAAGAGAUUAUUCGCUGUGAAGAAAUUGAGCGGAGACUCAAUAGUAGGUGCAAGGGCUUGUUAGAGUCCCGCAGUCGAAAGAGCUGUGAUUCAUACUCCAAUAUGGACGGAGUGGUGGAUGAAAUAGUCUCUUACGAGGUUGAUUUCCUUCAUCGAACGGUCCGCGAUUUCUUACACACUCCAACAGUAGAGGUGCAGCUUGUCGCAGUGGACACUCCAGAAUUUGAUGCCAACAUGACAUUGGCUAGAGCGUACGUAGCUCGGAUCAAAGGCCUCCGGCACUCGGCACAUUCGGAGGGCAACUUCCAGGCCUUAUGGGCGCUUGUAUUUGACAUGCUCUACCACAUCCGCCUCGUGGGGAAGGAUAUCUCGCGGGAAGCACAAGUUAGCCUCCUAGAUGAGUUGGAUAGAGCCGCUGCUCAUUUUCGAGAGGCCGCAAUCGUGAAGAGACGUUGCGAUCGAACCGCGCAUUGGGUAAAUACAGGCUACCGGUUCGGCUUCGAGCCGGCGUGGAAUAACGAUUUUACUACCCUAUGUGUUCAAUAUGGGCUAAUCCCAUACAUUGAACAAAAGUUAUCCUCAGGGGCUUCGCUUCGCCGAGCUGGUAAGCCAUUCCUGGCCUUCGCUCUGACCGCCACCACAAGCCCCGUUAGUGUCGUCAUUCUGAAGCAGCUGGAAGGUGUUCACUAUCAGGAACCCAGGGUGAAAAUGGUUGAAUUUCUGCUUGAUCGAGGCGCCACUCCAAACGACGUGGAUGAGGGCGAGACUGUCUGGGUUCGCUGCAUCGUGUCUAUCUACCUACUCACGAUCAAGGCUAAGGGCAAGUUUUCCGAACAGGCAAAAUCCUGGUUCGAGAUUACAAGGUUACUGCUGCUUCGAGGUGCGGAUCCUGAGGCAAUAUGCCCGGUCAAUAUCCAAGGAAGGAAUUCGGAGAUAAAUUCUACUAGAUUACGUAGCGGGAAAUGCACGGCUAUGGAGCUCAUCUCCAUUGUGUUUGGCGGAGAUUCCAGAUUCGACAUGUCCGAACUCGAGGAUGUGAUUGAGCAGCCGCAAAGGGCGCCACCGCUGCCACCUGCCCGAUACUUGAGCGACUCGUAUCUCCAAAUACCUGGAACACACAAUCACAACGGCACGAACGUUUCACGAUCGCACUCUGCAGUGUCAUCCACUUCGCAUAUAAGUUGGGACUCAGGAAACACUCAAUAUAAUAAUACACCAGGAUCCUAUCUCAACGCCGGGUCCUUAGCACCACAAUACAUAUCCUACAGGGGUAGUCAGGAAGUCGGACCAGGCGGUGGAACACCGAUUGUUGGGGCGCCGCCGUAUAUCAUGAUACCAGCGCCUAAUAAUGACUCUAUUCCGGCCGCCCCAAAGAAAAAGAGACACUCACGACUAUCAAGCUUAUUCUCAAAAAUAAAGCCAAAAGAAAAGACUCCGCCAGCCUAGUUCACCUACGCCUGUUUCUGCAAUUUACCACUAUCAGGGGACCUGAGACAGCAUACCUAUUCUUCCUUUUAAAAACAUCGUCUAGGAUUUUAUGAUGGCUUACAGGUACCUAAGUAUGUAUGGAUCUUUAUGCGGUUAGCCCUUGCAAGCCCAGAGGCUCUUAUACAUCCAGGCCGAUCAGUUAUGCCUUUACAUUCCUCUCCUCCUCCCCCCUCUCCCCCCAUACCUGGGAUCGAAAACACUUUCCUGCUUGGAUUGUUUCUACACCGGCAACUCCUAGAUGGCCUCAGAAGCAUAUGUGGAUUAAACUAGUUGGGUGCGGCCCUUACACAUCCAGGAGCUGGUGCGACUUGUAUUGGUCCCUGAAGGAAAAUGGGGUACCUUGAUGCUCACAAAAUUGAAUAUGUUCCCCUCACGGCGUAUAUUAUUACCGCUACUUAAUUUCAGAUUGAGUUGAAGGGGGCAUCUCCGUUAGGAUGUCCAGCGUUUCAGCCAACUCCAAUCUCUAUCUCUCUAUCUCUCUCCCUCUCUCUCUUUUUUUUUGUUUUUUUUUUCUUUUUUUUCUUUUUUUUCUUUUUUUUCUUUCUUUUUUUGGCUAGGUUCUGAGUGCUGGUACUGUUGGAAAUUGAUAGCUGUUAGCUGGAUGGAAUUACAGACAACGCCCUCUUGCCAUACCCUCCUAUAUAAGACAAUGUCUUUUCGUUUUUACUUUUUAUCUUACGAUUGAGAGGGUUGGCUCUCCUGGUUCUCCCAACAUAUCUAAUUGCACAACAUACUGAGCUUCUCUUCACGCUAUAUAAUCCGUCAUAUGAGCGGUGAUAGCACUUUCAAUACACUCCUAAUAACGCUUCUAUACUAGCUGGCGCUGACUCAGUUGUCCGUAUCUCAGUCCAUAAUACCCUUCAGCUCUCGUCUAUCUCAUGCCAGAGUUACAUAUAUGGACCUAGGCCACCCCCCUUUUUCCUUUACCACCGUUUCUCUCUUCCUUAUUUGAAGAGGGCAUAUUAUUCCCUUUCCAUUUUCUACCAGGGACAGCCAGGCAGUCCUGAUACCCGUAUACUAAAUACAUAGAUAGUACCACUAGAGAGCUCAUGUUGCCCACUCCCUACCUAUACACAAUCUUCCCUAUAGCGAGCUCCUCGCAUUCCGCCUCCUCCCCCUUCCCAACAGACAUGACGUGUCUCCGCGUCCCAAGCGGUCCCAAGCGGGCUAGCGUGGGCAUUCACUCUCUUCCCCUCUCUCCGCCCUCUCGCCCUAUUUAAUCUCUACGUCUCGCCCUCUUCUUCUUCCUCCUCUUCCUCCUCUUCCUCUUCCUCCUCUUCCUCUCCUCUUCAGCCUACCGUUCAUCAUCAUCUCCAGGUUCAAGUAAUCGAUCCUUUUCGUCAUUCGUU